UCGGCCCCGGCCACCGCGCGCGCACCAUGGUUCCCAGCCCGCCGCGCCCACAGCUGCGGGCCCUCGUGCUGGGGCUCGGACUGGCCCUGUUGGGCGUCGCGGCCGGGGAGCGGGCGCCAGGCACCACCCCCUGCUCCCGCGGCAGCUCCUGGAGCUCGGACCUCGACAAGUGCAUGGACUGCGCUUCGUGCCCUGCGCGCCCGCACAGCGACUUCUGCCUGGGCUGCGCUGCGACGCCCCCGACCAACAUUCGCCUUCUGUGGCCCAUCUUGGGGGGCGCCUUGGGGCUGGUCUUUGUGCUGGGGUUAGUGUCCGGUUUCCUGGUCUGGAAGCGGUGCCGCAGGAGAGAGAAGUUUACCACCCCCAUCGAGGAGACGGGCGGUGAGGGCUGCCCUGGUGUGGCGCUGAUCCAGUGACAGGCCCGCGUGCGGCA